AUGGAAUUUAAUGAUGAGUCCCCGAUUCCCGAUUGCGGCCUGGGGCGGAAUUUAAGUGGGCGGAGCGAGGAUGAGGCGGGUUCUGUUACUAUGUUGCACGAAGUUAGUGCGUGGCCCGGGAUGGGCGCGCUCUGCAAUUUACGCGAUCGCACAGACUAUACAAGCCUGGAGGAUUUUAUUGCUGAAGUCAAUAACAAUAACUACAUGAAAGAGGAGCGCGGGCAGUGCGCGGAGAGCCCGCCGGCCCCGCAAGCGCACGGGUGGGCCGGGUCGCCGGCGCAAGCGCAACGUAGCUACGAAGAGCUGCGGCCGCCAGUCGUGCGCGACAUGCAGACCUACGCGCACUUAGAGGAGGCGCUUUUCAAGCCGGGCACUGGUGAAUACCUGCCGCGGCGGAGCCCCGAGCUGAGCCCGUCUCCAGAACAACGGGAUCGGGAGCCGGCCCAGUACCGGACGCUGCAUUACGAACCCUACUCGCCAGCUCCGCCCUACCACCAUGAACACCAUCCCAUGGACACAAAUGCGGGAACGGCGGCGGAAGCGGGCGCAAGUGGGGGGGAGAGUGGCGUAUAUACACGCUGCGCAUACACAACAGCCGGUUCACCUUAUUUCCCCGCUGGAUCAGAUCUUACACACCCCCAGAUGUGGACCUCCGCUUCAGGCGCAGGUGGAUCACCAAGCUAUUGCGGCAGCACGGUUCUAGGAGAAUAUGUAGAAGCAGAAGCAGAAACAAAUGCCGGCAGUACGAGCGGGACGAGCGGUUCGGGGGGUGCAUUACCAGCAUUUAGUGCGCGCUUUGGUGGAGCCUUCGCCUCAACUUCGCGACCAAGCCCCCUCUCGACAUCACCGCACACCUAUACACAACCUGAGUUAUGGCGGGUUGAGUGCAGCUAUCGGCCACAGUUAUCUGCCGCUGCUAGUCUAUCAGCCAUGGAGAUGGCGGAGAUGGCCGAGUUGUUCACGGAGGGGCGCGAGUGUGUGAACUGCGGCGCGGUCCACACACCAUUGUGGCGGCGCGACGGCACCGGCCACUACCUGUGCAACGCGUGCGGCCUCUACAACAAGAUGAACGGCAUGAACCGCCCGCUGAAGCAGCCGCGGCGGCUGGUACGUCAGCGGCACGCGGCGCCUCUCCCCGCCCCCGACUGGCCGAGGGGGCGCCGGGGGGCGCGGAUUUCUACAAGAGCUUCCUGUAUAACGGCGCCGCUGCGCCGCACUGUGCGCCUCCCGUCCCACCUGACUACAAACAGAAGAAAGGGAUGGGUGCAAAGCGACCUGGAAUGUCAUGUACCAACUGCCAAACUACAGUUACAUCUUUGUGGAGACGCAAUGCACAUGACCUAUAGCAAUGAAGAAAGACUCCAUACAGACACGGAAACGAAAGCCGAAGAACAGCAUAAAAGCGGAGCGUCAGCUAAGCAAGAACAUCACCCAUGCCGCGCAUGCGCAGACGCAUGCUUCGCACACGGCGCUCGCCCCCGCGCUCUCCACCACACACAGCACACAUCGCACACCGUUCACACUCUGCCCUCCCCUGUAGAUGUUAAAAACAGUUGGCUCGCGGAUCGACUUUCGUCGACCGUUCAUCUUCAAGACCUCAAGGAGGAAAGAGAAGUGAAAGCAGUGGAAAGUUCUGGAACCGCUGAGAGUCGUGCAGUCGGUAUGAAUUACUACACGCCACAUAACGUCAAACUGGAAGAGCCACCGCCGGCGCAUGCGCACGCACAUGCUCACACACCUUACGCCGCACAACAGCACGCACACACACACCCCCACAAGGAGUACUAUGAGGAUAGUGUGUAUUCACAUGCGUCUGACGUGGACCGCCCUUCCGUCGUUUCAAUGGGCAGUUGA